CGCUAAAACCGAGAAGCUUCAUUUGAUAGGCUAUAUACUCAAAAAUGCGCUAACUAUGGGUUUCACGGCCGAGAACUUCAUGUAUCCAUCGUGGCCCUGAAAACGGUAUAGAAGAAUACACACUGCAUUUGGUCUUGGCAACCGAGAUACAUACAUUAUAUCGUCAGAUGGUAAUGACCAUCAUGUGUCUUGUGGCCAGAUCCACAAAAAUAGUAGGGAGUGACGCGGUGGUGUGUGAUUGUUGCUCAGUGAGUGAGUAAUGCCCACGAUGCUUACAAUCUUGUGGCACGCGAUCUACAUUUCCGUCACCGCACAACAGCAACAACCAAAACAAUAACAACGAAUAUACGCUAUAUAUGGACAUGUAUUUUCGUCGUUUUGCAAUAAUGUCAAACCCCAUUGCGGCAGGCGUGGAGUAUUUCAUACAAGGCGGCGGUGGCGGUGCAAGCAGUAACGGAAAAAGCUCAGUAACAAAUCGAUUCGUCAACGGUGGCGCCCCUCACCAGCAGCAGCACCACCACCACCAUAGCAAUCACCAACAUCGCCAGUUUCACCACCUUCAACACCAGCAGCAGCAGCAGCAGCAACAACAACAACAACACGUUGCACAGGUGGAAGGAUCGCGUUGGCAUUCCAUUGUCAGACGCAUGUCAGUUGGCAUACAAAGAGCUGAGGACAAGUACAACAGUAAGGGCGGCUAUUAUGACAUUGACGACGACGAAGAAGAAGACGUUGUUAUGCGUGAGGCGGCGCAGGAGGAGGUUCAAAUCUCUCCUGCCUCGUUUGACGGAUUUUUCAAUCUUGAAACACUACCGAUGUGGACACACAAGCGACCGCCUGGGAUGCUCGGUGAGGGUGAUAAUUUACCAUCUAUGGAUGAAGUCGCCAAGGAAGGAGCACGCGCCGCUCAUCUGGCAGAGAGUAAAAGCAAUUAUUUUGAGCAUCCGUUUGAAACAGCUGUUGCUCCAUGGGAUCAGCAAGGUGCCACAAAGGUGUCAACGGCACUAGUGCCAGUCAAUGGACGUCCUAUAUCAACGCCGCGAGACUUGUUUGGACCUUUGACAGUGUCCAUCCGAGAUGUAGACGAAAGCAACACGUUCUAUCUUAUCGACCUUCAAUAUGGGGAGAUCAAAUGGACGGUCAAGCGCAAUGUGGUCGAUUUCUACGAUUUGUGGGUGACACUCAAGUUCAGAUCCACCAUUGAAUCGCCUCCUUCGUUCCCUAGCAAAGUCCAAAACUUUGCACACGCCAUCGCGUCCCUUCGAUCUGCCCACGAGCAAAACUCCAUCAUGAUCCACUCGGAACUGACAUCUUUGGAUACGCGUAAUGAAAAGCGACGAUUGGAAUUGGCACAAUAUCUGCAAGAACUGGUUGAGAAAUCGCAAAAAGUGGAAGACUUGACUGGAUUGACUGAUCUGUGCGAGUUCUUGGAAGUGAGUGGGAUAAGCAUUGUCAAGGAUAUGGGAUGGAAAGGCAAGGAAGGAUACUUGGAGCAAAAGGUCGUGACCCGGUCGGCGCCUGUUUUACGUCCCAUACGACGCUAUGGAUGGGUGAAGAAGUGGUUUAUCCUGCGCGAUUCGUAAAGUGUUUUCUUUUGAAAUUCUUUAAAUAUGCCGAAAGAGAGAGAGAGAGAGAGAGA